GGCCACAACUUCAGCUGAGGAACUUGGCACGGCCAGCUUGGGACCCAGGACCCUAACGUGUAGCAGAGGCGCUGUGUUUGGAAGUCCCGCUAUCACGGCCCCCCCAGAUGGGGCCUGGACGAUGCCUCCUGACGGCCUUGUUGCUUCUGGCCCUGGCGCCACCGCCGGAAGCCUCCCAGUACUGCGGCCGCCUUGAAUACUGGAACCCAGACAACAAGUGCUGCAGCAGCUGCCUGCAACGCUUCGGGCCGCCCCCCUGCCCGGACUACGAGUUCCGGGAAAACUGCGGACUCAAUGACCAAGGCGAUUUCGUAACGCCCCCGUUCCGAGAGUGUUCUUCUGGGCAGUGCAACCCCGACGGCGCGGAGCUAUGUAGCCCCUGCGGCGGCGGAGCCGUGACCCCUACUCCCGCCGCGGGCGGGGGCAGAACCCCGUGGCGCUGCAGAGAGAGGCCGGUCCCUGCCAAGGGGCACUGUCCCCUCACACCUGGAAACCCAGGCGCCCCCAGCUCCCAGGAGCGCAGCUCACCAGCAAGUUCCAUUGCCUGGAGGACCCCUGAGCCUGUCCCUCAGCAGGCCUGGCCGAAUUUCCUUCCGCUCGUGGUGCUGCUGGUCCUGCUCCUGACCUUGGCGGUGAUAGCGAUCCUCCUGUUUAUUCUGCUCUGGCAUCUCUGCUGGCCCAAGGAGAAAGCCGACCCCUAUCCCUAUCCUGGCUUGGUCUGCGGAGUCCCCAACACCCACACCCCUUCCUCCUCGCAUCUGUCCUCCCCAGGCGCCCUGGAGACAGGGGACACAUGGAAGGAGGCCUCACUACUUCCACUCCUGAGCAGGGAACUGUCCAGUCUGGCGUCACAACCCCUGUCUCGCCUCCUGGAUGAGCUGGAGGUGCUGGAAGAGCUGAUUGUACUGCUGGACCCUGAGCCUGGGCCAGGUGGGGGCAUGGCCCAUGGCACUACUCGACACCUGGCCGCAAGAUAUGGGCUGCCUGCUGCCUGGUCCACCUUUGCCUAUUCGCUGAGGCCGAGUCGCUCGCCGCUGCGGGCUCUGAUUGAGAUGGUGGUGGCAAGGGAGCCCUCUGCCUCCCUGGGCCAGCUUGGCACACACCUCGCCCAGCUAGGGCGGGCAGAUGCAUUGCGGGUGCUGUCCAAGCUUGGCUCAUCUGGGGUUUGCUGGGCUUAACACCCAAUAAAGAACUUUGCUGACUACUAA